UUCUCUACUUUAAAAAGGUAAAACUCACAGACUCCACCACCAGCUCACGCCCAACCAAACAACCUCCGGCGAUGAUGCCACUAAUUCCUCCACCAACAGCGCCACCGCCCAACCUCCAUUAACUCCACCGCUACAUUAAAGAAGAAAUAGAAAAGAAAAAAAAAAGGAAAAUGGCUCAAAACUUCAAACUAAAGGUGCUAACAUUGAUUACCAAACUAUCAGACCGGGACACAUACAAUCUCGCCGUCGCCGAGCUAGACUCCAUUGCCGGAAAUCUUGAUAACACGACUCUUUCUACCUUUAUCUCUUGCAUACUUUCCACGGACUCCACCGACAAGUCUUUAAUUCGCAAACAGUGUCUCCAUCUUCUCUCAACGCUUUCUCAUCUUUACUCUAACUCUCUAUCUUCUUUCCUUCCUAGAAUUCUCUCCUACGUCGCUCGCAGGAUUCGUGAUCAUGACUCUUCCAUUCGCUCGCAUUGUGUUGCUACAGUAUCUUCGCUCGCUUCCAAAAUUACUAAACAGCCAUUUUCGACUGCUUUUUUGAAGCCAUUGAGUGAAUCAGUUUUUACAGAACAGGAUUUAAAUGCGCAGAUUGGAUCCGCUUUAUGUUUGGCAGCUGCGAUCGAUGCGACGCCGGAUCCAGAGCCCGGGCGACUGGGGAGGAUGCUUGUGCCGAAGCUAGAGAGGCUGUUGAAAAGCGAGAGUUACAGGGCGAAAAGUGCAGGACUAGUUGUUGUCGGAAGUGUUAUUGGAGUUGGAGGAGUGAAGGGAUAUGCAGGGAUGGGCGGUUUAGUAAAGUCUUUGGUCGGAUUUUUGAGCAGUGAGGACUGGGCGGCGAGGAAGGCAGCAGCGGAGGCGCUUGGGAGGUUGGCAGUUGUGGAGAGGGAUGCUGUGGCGGAAUUCAAGAGUGGAUGCUUGAAAAUUUUCGAGAAUCGAAAAUUCGAUAAGGUGAAGGCUGCAAGGGAGGUGAUGCAUCAAAUGAUAGAAUCAUGGAAACAGGUUCCAGAUGUUUCGGAGGAUGUAUCACCGCCUCCUCGAUCACUGGCUUCUUCAAAAGAGGAUGCAAGCGAUGGCCGUUACCCUACAGGCUCCAGAAAUUCUCAUGCCGCUGGUUCUGAAGCCUCUGAAAUUAGGAGAAGAACUGGUUUAGCUAGCAGGAGUACUCCACCUGAUAAUUCAGCAGCGACUGUGGGUAGGAGGAGAGGUUCUUUAAGGAGUGCUGAAAAGAAAACAGGUCCAGCAUUGUUCCGAAAAGCAGAUUGCAUGAAGCCCUUGGAUUGGAAAGUUGAAAUUGCAGUUCCUAGUAUUGCUUCUUCGACUGGGAUUGCUGAUAAUGAUAAUGCGGUGGAUCGAAGGCUGACAAAGACAGAAGCAAAACGGGCCGUUUCCAGUAAGAAUGCUGAUGAUAAGGCGGUCAAAAUUGGUGGGUUUAAGUCUGGAUCUCGUGUGGUUCCUUGUCAUGAUGAGAGUCCUGUGUCAACUGUUGUAGCCAGUAACAUUGCUGAGAAUCACCAUAGUAACCACAAAGAGUGUGAGGAUUUAUCUUUAAUCCGCAACCAGCUAGUUCAGAUUGAAAGGCAGCAAUCUAGCUUACUAGAUCUCCUGCAGAGAUUCAUUGGGAGUUCUCAAAAUGGAAUGCGUUCUUUGGAGACACGUGUUUAUGGCCUAGAGUUGGCACUUGAUGAGAUCUCAUAUGACUUGGCUGUAUCAACUGGAAGGAUGACUGACUCCCAGAGAACCACAUGUUGCAUGCUGCCUGGUGCUGAUUUUCUGAGCUCCAAGUUCUGGAGGAAAACACAAGGUCGCUACUCAACUUCAAGGUUCUCUUCCAGUGGCACGCCAUCAUUGGCUGCCUUGCGCCACAGAGCUGAUAAGAAUGGCAAUCAGGAAACAGUUAGCGUAGAGAGUCGCAGGUUACGAAUUGAAGGUUGUGGUGGGUUCAUAGUCAAUCCUUUGGCUGAGAUUCACGAGAUAAGGGGGAUUUCGCAGGAGGCACAACACUAGGCAAGGGAUCAUCAGAUGAGCCACAUAAUUUGGAUGGUCCAAUCUUCAUUAGGCGCUAAAUUGUUUGCUGUAUUGUUAAGAAAACCAUGAAAUGAUGAAGGGAAGGUGAAGAUUAUUAGCAUCCACAACGCAUCCAACCAGUUACGCAACUUCUUUAUGGCUUUCCUGCUUAAAUAAUCACAUCAUUUCUCUUUUUGGAGUAUGAAAGUGAACGAAGAUAAGCCAAUCAUUCAGUAAUUCUUCAUUUUAGUGUAGAAUUCUUUUUCCUUUGUUUCUUUUCUAUUUUUUUGACUGGGAGAGAAGUUACCACCAAUUAUCCCCAACCUGGUAUAGAGUGUUGAAUAUGUAUAGAGAGUAUUAUCAUGUAUCCCCUAGGUUCAUUCAUCUCUUAUCGUUCUUGAUUUAUUAUUGCUUGAUCUUUGAUGAUAAUUGAUACUGUUGUUCUGGCGAGUUAUCCGUUGUAGUCUUAACUUUCAAAAUACUAAUUUGGGAUUUAUGUAGAUAUACAUAUGAUCAUUGAAGAACUGGCAAUGGAUAUAUGCAAUUGAAUUGAA